GUCACUCCACAAUCGACCCUCGGAAAAGAAAGGAGAUUGUUGCUACCGUGAUUCGAAAAUAAAUUAUUUUGUAGAAAAGUAGUGAAUUAUCUUGAUUUUUCUGCUGAAAUCAAGUGAAAUAGAUCACUGGCAAGUGCGGGAAUCGUUUUGCGUCGGAAAAACGAUGAAUUGCGUGUUGGCUGUGCGUCUGAAGAACGGAAAUUGAUGGGAAGUGAUUAUGGUGGGGGAUAUCGAUUUGAAGGUGAAAGUGUUAAGCAGGGCCUACUGUUGAUGGGAAAAAAAUAGUGUCGACUUUGUUUCUGUUGUCUGUCCAUCUGUCUGUUUAGGAGGGGAUCUAAACCAAAACAACACUUCCUGUAAAUCAACUACUGCGUUUGCUACCUCUUGUAUGGAUUACUGAUGGUAUUUAGCUACACACGAACGUAAAGAAGAGCAGCAACACAAGCGUGGAAUCGUAAUCGGCGAAAAAGCAGGAAAAACCGACGAAGGACAAACAGCAAAAUGUCAUUGCACUGACCGUCAUUUUCGUCGUCACUCACUAACUACCGAACAAUUACCGAGCAAUGGAGCCUACGGGCCGAAAUUCGCUAGCGAUCGGAAUCGAUUUCGGUACCAGUUUUUCCAGCGUGGGCAUCUACCGCCGGGGUAAGUUUGAAAUCAUUGCCAAUGGAGCCGGAAACCAUAGGAUACCAUCGUGCGUGGCCUUCACCGACAAGUCGCGGUUAGUCGGAGAGGACGCACUGGCACAGGCGGAUUUGGAUCCCGGCAAUGCGGUGCUGGAGGUGAAGCGGAAACUGGGGGGUAGGAAGGGGGAUAAACUGCAGGUUCAGUUUAAGGGCGAGACGAAGAGCUUUUAUCCGGAGGAAAUAUGUGGAGGAAUACUGGGACAGUUGAAGACGAUGGCGGAGCGGAAGCUGGGCCAGACGGUGGGAUCUGCAGUGAUCGCUGUUCCGGCGGGGUUUACCGACGGGCAGCGGCAAGCAGUGCUAGAUGCGGCCGCGAUCGCUGGAAUAAAUGUGUUGAGAUUAGUGAAUGAGCCAACAGCGGCGGCUAUUUCCAACGGUAUCAGUAAAAAAGUGAUCGGUGAGCAGUGGGUCCUGGUGUGUUCCGUAGGGGGAGGCCACCUGGACGUGUCAAUCUUGACGAUCUACAAUGGAGUGUUCGAGGUGAAGGCAACUUCCGGAGACAACCAGUUGGGCGGCACGGACUUUGAUGAUCGGUUAGUGGCGUACUGUGUGAAGGAAUUUCAGGACAAGCAUUCCAAGGAGAUUUCGUUCUGUAAGGAAGCCUUACGCAAGUUGAGGAAAGCAUGCGAGCAAGCUAAGCGAACGUUGUCCUACACGAACCAAGCGGUGAUCGACAUUGCUGAUUUGUACGAAGGUCAACGAUUUGAGUUCGUUCUGACUCGAGAUCAAUUCGAGGAACUCAACCGGGAUCUCCUGGACAAGAUCAUGCUUCACGUCGAGAUGGCCCUCCGUAGGGCUCGGAAGGAUCGUUUUGCCAUUCACGAAAUCAUGCUGGUUGGGGAGAGUUCGCGGAUACCGAAAGUGCAAGUGAUGCUCAGUGAAUUCUUUGAUCGGCGGUCACUCAGCAGUUCGAUCAAUUCGGACGAAGCCGUCGUGGUUGGAAGCGCCAUAGCUGCAGCGAUUCUAAGUGGGGAGAAGUCGCCGGAGAUUCAGGACAUUCUGUGGUUGGAUCUGGUGCCACGAUCGAUCGGUCUAGUGUCGGAAAGUGGUGUUGACGAAUCACCUCGAAUACUGAUCAGUAGAAAUUCGACAGUUCCUUUGAAAGUGAAGCAUCGGGUGAAGAACUUUCAGGAGAUGCAGUUGCUGUACGAGGGGGAAAGUGCCAUUGUUAGUGAUAAUAUUUUACUGGGGAGGUUGAAGAUAGAGGGGACAUUUGGGGAAAUUGAGGACGUAGGGCUGCUUUUCAGUUUGGAUACAAACGGGAUCCUGAAUGCGAUGGUGGAAGGGAACAUCGACCUGAAAGCUACACUGGAUAAGGGAAGACUCGAGCGGUAUGAAAUCGAUCGGAUUGUGUACAAACACAAGAAAAUCCUACUGGAAGCCGAGAAGCAUGAGGAGGACGCCAAGGAGCAGGAAAUGGCGCUGGAGAAGCUCUCUAUCCAGCAAACGAUCGAUUUGGACGAGCACGCCGGCACUUGGGAUCGCUUCAGUGAAUGGAUUCACUGCAUUUGUAUAGUAACUUUUGACUUAGAGCUAGGUCAAGCCAUGGAAUUAAUCUACCCAAAGCAUGUAACGCUCACCGAGCAGGAGAAGACAAAUAUCUGCUAUCUAGCCUUUCCGGAUUCCAACUCCGGUUGCAUGGGGGACUCCCAGUUUCACAUAAGAUUGCGGGUAUCGCCCGGGUCCGAAUCUUCAGCCCUUCGGAAAGAACAUCAAGACUUCAAUUGCCACUGUCUUCCGGUCCAUCGCGCCGAUCCCGGUCACUUUUGGGGCUUUGUCUACUUCCGUCAAAUCAAAGAUGCCACUCUGAAGCGAGGUUACUUCCAGAAAAGCUUGGUACUACUCAGUCGACUUCCGUUUAUCAAUCUCUUCUACGAGCUUACCGCCUUGAUCGCACCAGCCUUCUUUUCCAGUGGUGAGCCUACCUUGGAAGCCGUCUGCGACAACAUCUGCCACUGGCCGUCGCUCAUGGCUGGUGAAAACAUGUCUCUUCACCUCAUAGGAAGCAUCUACGAAAUAGCCAUUCCCAAGCAGAAUUUUAAAAUCUCACCAGCAGAGAAACCGAAAUCAGAAACCUCCGUAACCGCAAGUCCUCAAACGCAGAUAAUCGGCUCGAUUCACGAAAUCGAUAUAUUCAAGAGUCUCCAGUUCUUCCUGCCACAUAUCCACCUUCUCUGGGAGUUGGUGCUCACCGGAGAGCCAAUCGUCGUCACCGGAGCCUCUCCAACGGACUGCUCUCACAUGGUCCAAUCGCUGAUGGGACUAAUCAGUCCGUUGUCCUACUGUGCCGAAAGCCGGCCCUACUUCACCAUUCACGACACCGAGUUCAAGGAAUUCACACAAAACAAAAAUGGCCAUCCGUCAAUUAUUCUCGGCGUAACGAAUCCGUUCUUCGCCAAGACCCUCCAACACUGGCCUCACAUGAUCCGUCUGCAGGAUAGCACCGAAGCCACCUUACUGCAGAAGCAAAAACAAACCAUCACACCCGCCGGAACUCCCACCCUCACCAGCACCAGCUCCGAUUCCAAACUGUCCAAAAUCAAACAGAUCACCAAUAAGCUCCUGGAUUCGUCCCCCGGAGUCUACACCCAGUACAAACCGUUCAUCUCCAAAGACAAGACCUUCAUCAAGAAGAUCCAUCUUGGGAUCAAAACCGAACGUCCACCGUCAGUACAAUCCGCCCUGCUCCGGCGACACUUUCUCGAGAUUACCCAAAGCUUCAUAAUCCCACUAGAACGCUACCUGGCUUCGCUUAUGCCCCUGCAAAAGGACAUCUCCCCUUUUAAAUCCGCACCGCUUCCAAACCCCUUUAAACAAGAAGACUUCCUCGCCACUCUCGAAGGCAAUGGACCUCAUCUGACCCCCACCUGCAAGGGCGACUGGGAAGGACUCUACAAACGCUUUUUCUCGUCUCCCAACUUCAAGGGUUGGUACGAAACCCGUUACUUCGAGCUGCAGCAAACGCUUCAGGCCCUGCACAUGCAAACCCUCUCCGAUUCCAAUCUCACCGAGUGGGUCAAGGGAAAGCACGAGGUCGAAAUCGUCGACAUGAUACUGCGACUGAAGCAGAAGCUCCAACUUUGCAGCAGCACCCAGAUGGCGGCCCUGCCGGUGCAGCUCAAUACCAAGGAUACUCGCGAACAGCUGCUCAAGCACCUGGAGAGCAUGAAGCGUUGCCUUCCGGAUGACCUGAAGCAGAUUUUAAACAAUAUCUGAUGUUAGUCGGUGAACUGUGCUGCAUAGCUUAUGUGAGUGUGUUGUUUAUCCUUUUACUAGAAAUUUUUUUUUAAUCAAAUCGAUACGGGAAAAACUUGCUUAGCAAAACUGUGUAGGACAGCAUUAUACAAUAAUUAUGGUAGGCUAAUUAUUAAACGAUUUUAGUUCAACGAAA